AUGCGUGAUGUUCGCAGGAGCGUGGGGUGGAACUACCUGACGAGGUCGGUGCCGGCGGUAAGAGCAGCACUGCAGGUGCUGGAUCUGGAGAACAGCUGGUUCAUCGGCAAGUUCCCAUCCACCGCCAACUGGGCCUUCUUCACCGCGCGUGCCAACUGCUUCACGGACCCCACACCAUGCAAGAACAACAACAACCAGGGCAUCAUGCAGCGCCCCUCCUGUGCCAUCUGCAGCAGCGCGGACGGCACGGGCACGCUGUGCAGCAGCAACAUCCCUUACUCAUGUGCUCCCUCACGCCUCGCACUGCUGCUGCCCAUGUGCCCACCGCCCCCACCGCCCCCAUGCACAGCGUCAGCGCUGAUGAACAUCAAGAUGGCGCUGGGCGUCACCACCACCGACUGGGCGCCAACCUCCUCCUGCAUGCCUCUCGGCAGCUCGGGUGGCGGCAGCUUCAAUGGCGUUCAGUGUAACGCGCUUGGCAACCCCGUCAGGAUCUCGCUCAAGUCGAACCUCUUCAGGGCACGUCUCGACAAGUUCGCCAGCAGGAUUCUCUCGCUGCCCAACCUCGCAGUGCUGUAA